AUGAAUAAGCCAUUCAGCGAUUUUGCGGACAACCUUUCUUUUUACGGCUCUGCGAGCCAGCAGCCGGGGGGCGGCUCAAAGAAUGGCGACUCGUUUGGGAUGAUUUCUUUGGGGCCGAGUAAUCCUGCCGGCGAGUGCGACGCAGCGCCUCAGCGUGCGGGGACUGCAUCGAGCAUGCAAAAUCUCAUUUUUGGCAAGAUGUUUGACAAGGGGGGGUCGUCGGAGAAGUCAACAGCAUCUGGAUUCUCCACGACGCGCAGUUCUUCUGCCUUCAGUUCCUUCAGCGAAAAAACUAGCUGGAAUCCACUGAGUCAAACUCCGCCGCGGGGGUCAAUGACGCACGCCUCUUCGCAGCACAACGGACGGAGCGACUCUGGAGGAAGCGGGUCUCAGGAGGAGCAAGGCCUCCUGGCCUCCAGCAUGUCUGCCGUGAAAGACAGCGCGAGUCGCAUCUUGGGAAAUGCACAAAAUGUCGUUGCUGCCACCACGCAGUCUGUCACAGAGACGCCCCUCUCCACGCAGCACUUGCUUGUCUUUGGUCUCGUUGCGGGCGUCGGGGUCGUGUUCAUGUUCCUCGCCUUCCUCACGCUCCCUCUUCUUGUCUUCGCCCCCUCCAAGUUUGCGCUUCUAUUCACCAUGGGCUCCGUAUGCUUUAUGGUCAGCUUGGCGAUGCUCCGCGGUGCCAAGGCGCUUGUCGCACACUUGUCCGAGCCCACAAGGCUUCCUUUCACGGUCGCGUAUGGCUUGUCGCUGGUCCUGACGCUCUACGCCACGCUGUGGGCGAAGUCGUACGUCCUCACGCUGGUUUUCUCGCUCGUUCAGCUCAUUGCCCUUGCCUCGUUCCUCGUCUCCUACAUUCCUGGAGGCAAACACAUGCUCAAGUUCAUCGGCGGGGCGCUCUGGCAAAUGGUCAAAAAAGCCUGCAACUGCAAAGAUGCCAGGGAUCUGCAGCUUCCCCUCUAA